AUGUCACAGGAUACAUCCAGUGACCUGGUGGGCCUGGACAACCUGGUGGCCAACACCGCCUACCUCAAAGCUCAGCAGGUAGACUACGAUGAGCUGAGGAAGCGGAGAGUCUCGCUGACGCUGCCAAAACCAAAGAACUCCUCUGGUCUCUUUGUGGACAGGAAUUACGAGUCAGUGUGCGAGCAGCAGCCUAUUGGGAGGAAGUUGUUCCAGGAAUUUCUCCUGGCCUCUAACCUGCAAUAUGUGGCCGCUGCUGAGUUCCUAGAGGAGCUGAGUCACUGGAGAUUUGCUGAAAAUGAAGCCAGAGAGAAGGCCAAACAGAGCAUCCUCGCUAAGUUCUGUCAACCCGGGUCCAAGAGUUUUCUCUCCUACCUCACAGGAGAGGCGGCUGAAAUAUGCAAGAACUUAUCAAACAAGAACUUUGAUGAGGGGGCGUUGGAGCAGAUAAAAGAAGCAACAAGGGACUUCCUGAGGGGGAACCCUUUCUUAGAGUUCCUGAAAAGCCCCUUUUUUUAUAGGUUCUUGCAGUGGAAGGAGUACGAAAAGCAGAAGAUCACUAACAAAUACUUUUAUGAGUUCAGGACUUUGGGAAAAGGUGGCUUUGGUGAGGUGUGUGCUGUGCAGGUGAAAUAUACGGGCCAGAUGUACGCCUGCAAGAAGUUGAAUAAGAGUCGCUUGAAAAAGAAAGGUGGAGAGAGGUUUGCCCUUCUGGAGAAGCAGAUCCUGGAGAAGGUCAAUAGCCUCUUCAUUGUAAACCUGGCUUAUGCUUAUAACGACAAUACCCACCUGUGCCUGGUCAUGGACCUUAUGAACGGAGGAGACCUCAGGUUCCAUAUCUAUGAGUUGGGGAAGCGGGGUAUCCGUAUGGAGCGUGUUAUUUACUACACGGCCCAGAUAACCACUGGGAUCCUCCACCUGCACUCUAUGGACGUCGUGUACCGGGAUAUGAAGCCUGAGAACGUUCUGCUGGAUGCUAAAGGACAGUGUCGGCUGUCAGACCUUGGAUUAGCCGUGGAGCUACCAAAGGGCAAAACAAUCUGCCAGAAGGCUGGUACGACUGGUUACAUGGCUCCUGAAAUUCUGAAGCAGGAGAACUACCGCAUAUCCGUGGACUGGUGGGCUCUGGGCUGCAGCAUCUAUGAGAUGGUGGCUGCCCGUUUGCCUUUCAAAGACUUCAGAGAAAAGGUGCACAAUGAGGAGGUGACACGUCGCACUCUGGAGGACGAGUGCAAGUUUGAAGACAAAAACUUUGAUGAUCCCACCAAAGACCUCAUCAGCCGCUUUCUCAAGAAGAAGCAGCUGCAUCGCCUUGGGAGCCGUGGUGAAGACCCACGAAGUCAUCGGUUUUUCCGGAGCAUCAAUUUCCAUCGUCUGGAGGCUGGGCUGGUGGAGCCGCCCUGGGUGCCAAAAUCCAACGUGGUCUAUGCCAGGAACACAGAUGAGUUCAGGGACAACUCUGAGGUUGAGAACAUUAAGUUUGAUGCCAGGGACGUGAAAUUCUUCAACGAGUUUAGCACAGGCGCAGUCUCAGUGAGGUGGCAGAAGGAGAUGAUCGACAGCGGAGUGUUUGACGAACUGAACGACCCCAAACUGAACGGUCAUGGCUGCGAAUCUGUGUGGACAUCAAGGAUGUGUGUCAUUAUGUAAGGAUCUCAUCGUUAUGUACAACUGGACAAACAGCUAUACAUGAAAGUCCUCCAAUUUAAUUUAUUCAAAGUGCCUGUAAUACAAAAAGAAAUACCUCACUCACCUUUUAAACAGCAACUGGAUUUUCAUUUAAAUUUUUCUGAAUGCAUUUUCUUGCAAACAGUGGUGGAGGAGGAAAGUAAAAUCUAUUUUGUAAGUUUAAAAUGAAUAAUUUUGUAUAGGACUGCAACUAAUGAGUAUUUUCAUUAUGGAUUAAUCUGCUGAUUAUUUUCUACAUUAAUCGACUGAUUGAAAAUACGAAAAUAGUGAGAAAUGCCGUCACAAUUACCCAGAGCCCAAAGUGACACCUUGUGCAACCAACAGCUCAAACAGCUCAAAAUUACUAAAAAAAUAAAUCAAACUAAUAAAAAAAAAACACAAAAUGAUCAAAUUAGUUGUUAGUUGUUGUAUUUAAUAAACUGCGGACCGAAAAGUACUCAGUAUAUCCCUCUGAAAUGAAGUUAAGUAGAAGAAGAAAGAAAAGUAAAUGCUCAGGUAAAGUACAAGUACCUCAAAUUUGUGCUUAAGUUCAGGAAAUUCACUCAGUCACUUUUCACCACUGAAGAGGAAUCAUCUUGGAAGUUUGAGUCUGUUUCUAAAGAUUUUGUCUCAGUGUUUUUGAUGCUGCAGACAAACACGAUGAGACAUUUGUCUCAGCAGUAAAAUAAAACCACAGUUUUUUUGUUUUGAGUAUUGUGCCUGGAUAGAAACACACACUGACAAUGCACUGCAACUGCUCUAUUCCUGGUGAGACAGCAUAUCCCAGUGCAUUCAUAGUUUCCAUUACAUCACUCAGUCAUUUUGGCAGGCCUAAGUGUUUACAUGUGUUUGUAAACAAGCUGCAUAAUGCUUGUAUGUCACUGACUGGCAGCAGGAUCAUUAUCAGUAUUUGCAGUGAUGUGCCACAUUUGUUAGACAGACUGAAGUCUCGCACAGAUUCCACAAAUGCCUUUUGCUCAUGUCAGCUAUGCGACUUCAGUGCUGCAGAGUGAUGUGAAGUCUCUCAGUAGCACGCGUUCACCACUAAGUGCCGCCAGACACCCACAAAGUUUCUUCAACCUUCCGCAGCACUCUUCAUCAUCCCCAUUAUCUCGGCUGUGCUGCUCAGGUAUUUACAAGCACUGGAUGACUGGUUCAGCUUUAACAAGGGGAUGCAGGGAGACAAAUUGUCGUGUAUACAUGUAGUUUUUCCGCAAAAAAAACGUUGUUAACAUUGAGUGUUUGGCUUUAACAAUGCAACGCCAACCCCCUUUAAUACCCCCCAAAUCACCCUGUGUUUACAAGCCACGCACAACCUAAGAAAGAGACUUUAAGUACUUACGACAUAGCAACAACAAACUUCUAUUUGGCUUUCACCGAUGGUUUGUUCUCGUAUCCACAUAUGGACUCACAUCACAGACACUAAUGCAGCUUUUACUUCAGAAACUAUUUCUUUCAGGUAUUUUGACCUUUAUUUGAAUAUGAGCACAGAGAGGAAAUGAGAGGAGAUGGAGGAGUGAUAACAUGUGACAAUGGUCCCUGGCUGCACUCAAACCAUCUUCUACCUCUGGGCUACCAGGAUGGUCCAGCUGUCUUAUUUCUGACUCACCUGUGUUUUACUUGAUGUACUGUGUAAUGAAGAUAUUCUGUGUAAUGAAGAUGUACUGGGUCAUGUAAACCAUGUCUUCUUAGUUUGACUCAUAACUCACAUACAGAGCUGCAUUGUCAGUGCCAAUAACAUUUUGUUAUAUUUAAAUGUGAUUUUAUAAUGAUGACUAAACAUUUUCUAAUAUUUUAUGUGACAUU